AUGGCCGAUUCCUCGAAUGCCCAGUCAACUUCGCCACGGACGGUCCUUUCCAGUCCAAACAUUGCACCCCAGCCGGAAGGCCAGUUGACCCACGCAGCGGCCAACUCACCUACAUCUGUGCCUGCGCCUGUCGAAUCCACGAACGACGACAACGAAGUCCUACGGGCUAAUGACCCGGCGGAAGAUGGCUCUUCAGAAAUUGACGAUGGGCAACUAUCUUCUUACACGGCAUCGCUAGCAUCGAGCGCGGUGGACUAUCCAAUAGAAUACGGUCGCCGUUACCACGCUUUCCGCCCGGGAUCGUACAUUAUGCCGAACGACGAGUACGAGAUGGAUCGUAUGGACUUCACGCAUGCGAUGUUGGUGAGAGCAGUGGGUAAUAAAUUAUUUACCGCGCCUCUUGAGAAAGGCAAAAUCGAUCGAAUCUUGGACAUUGGGACGGGCACCGGAAUCUGGGCCAUGGAGAUGGGAGAUGUUUUUGAGAACGCCGAGGUUAUCGGCAUUGACCUCAGCGCUAUCCAGCCAGAGUGGGUUGGUCCAAAUGUCAAAUUCAUUGUCGAUGAUGUCGAAAGCCCAUGGGUAGGCGACAAGAAGUACGAUUACAUCUUUUGUCGAUGUAUGGCUGCGUGCGUUACCGACUGGCCGAAAUUGGUCCGCACGGUCUACGACAACCUCAACCCCGGGGGCUGGGUUGAGUUUCAAGACUCCGAUUUCAACUACUACUCAGACGACGGAACGCUGACCGAGGAACAUCAAUUCAAGCAAUGGAGUAAGGAUCUUGUCUCUGCGCUGGAGUCCGUCGGACGUGACCCUUGUCCGGGCCCGAAGCUGAAAGACUGGGUGAAGGAUGCUGGGUUCCAGAAUAGUUCCCACACAAGGCUCAAAGUCCCCGUUGGUCCCUGGCCUAAGGAUAAGUGGUAUAGCGAUCUUGGGGCUAUGAACCUGACACAGCUUCUAGACGGGCUGGAAGGCUUUUCUAUGAGAGUUUUCUGCGGAAUUCUGGGGCAGACCCAGACCGAAGCCCAGGUGCUUCUUGCUGCAGUUCGCAAGGAACUCAAGACUCGUCAUCUGUUCCAUGCCCAGCUUGACUUGUAA